AUGACGGAUAGCAAGCGCAAGGCAAACGGCCACUCGGCCACAGAAACAGAUGACCGGUCCGCCAAACGUCGCAAGUUAGCAGAGUUCGAUCUCUCCAAGGGCGAGUCCCGUGAAUCAACGACAGCCUACGGGCUUGCCUUUCUCGAGCAAAUACGUCGCACUGCCGACAAAAGUGGACGGCUCGUUGCGACAUAUUUUGAGCACCUGCUUCCCCGGGAAGGAAAUGCAGAAUAUUAUAAGCAGACUCGGAUGCCUAUCUGUUUGACAUCUAUUGAAGAAAAGCUUAAUCAAGGAGACUUUAAAAAUCUCGCAGAACUAGAAAGCUAUUUCAAACGCAUGAUUGCAAACGCGAAAGAGUUUUAUCCUCGCUCGUCGGCCGUCUUCGAGGAUGCAGAGCGCGUCAGAAAAGCAUUGAGUAAUUACAUGACCAAGACAAAUCCGGCUUAUCAAACGCGGACCUAUCAGGCAGUGCCAACUCCGCUGCCACCUGAAGAUGGUGAGGAGGAAGAGGAGGAAGGAGAGGAAGGAGAGGAGGGAGAUGAAGAUGCCGAAGGCGAAGAAGAGCCGGCGGAGGCGCAAAAUGAUGAGGAUGGCGAAGAUGAAGACAAAGAGGACGAGGACGAAGAGGAACCGGCUUCCAGACGCAAAUCCAUCAUCCUGAAACGGUCUAGAGGCCGGUCUUUGCGAAACUCAAGGUCGUAUUCAGACAGUCCGCGCCGAGCUCGGCCGGCAGGCCGACCGGAUCAAGAGUUCAAGAAUGUUCCUUUCAAAGGGUUGAGCUUCCAGCAGGCGCAGGAAAAGAUUGUCGAAGAACUACUGCGUUAUAAGGAGCCAGAGUACGAAGGAUACUUUGAACCAUUCGUCAAUCUGCCCCCCCGUGCGUUGAGAGAUUACUACCGAGUCAUAUCCGAUCCUUUGUCGCUCAAGAAGCUUCAAAAGGAAGUAAUGGGCAUUCAAGGUCGUGGUGAUCCCACAGGCGUCAGCGAUUUCAAGAGCUGGAACGCCUUAGCAGAGAGGGCUAAACUGCUAUGGAACAAUGCAUAUUUCUACAAUGAAGAGGGCAGUGAAAUUUAUGACUUGGCCCGAGAACUUGAAAAAGCGUUCAACGAGCAAUUGAAGAAAGCAAAAGCAGUGGUCCAGGAACCCGCGCAGCCCAAGAUCAAGUUGAAGGUUGGACAAUCCGUCGAUACCCCAUCUUCAUCAAACAGAAUUACCAUCCGUGUUGGUGGCCGAGGAAGUUCUGUUGACUCACCAACGCCACAGACAGCGCAGUCUAUCGAAUCCCCCGCUGGUGGCUCUCACGUCAAUGGUACCGCGCGACAGCCUGCUCUCGACACAGCACGAAGCGCCUCAGUCUCGAUGCCCUCGCCCAGCCCAUCAACACAUGUUGGUCUCAAGGCAGAGGAGAGCGUGCAAAUGUCCCCCUCGGUGCUCGCUCAAACUCCUGGGCCGGCGCCUCCGGGACCGCCAACACCUGUCGUUGAAGCACCGCCGCCUCCGCCGCCCCCCGGACCUCCGCAAAUACAGUCCUCGAAUCCAAUGGCAAACGGCUAUGUAGAGCCAAAACGACUCCGUGCUCCAGGAAAGGGCAUCAACGACGCGCUCAUUUCCAGACUUCGGAUCCAACUCCAUCCCAACAUGCAACCGGGAGACCCUGUCCUCCUCGACGUCCUCCCUCUUCCUCAUGAAAUGCAUCAAUCCGGCACCGUCAACGUUCCUCACCACAUCAACCGUAUUUUCAUCGUGCCAAUGCUUCCAGACCUCCUCCAAGACCGUCAGUACAGUCUCUGGGUCCUCAUCGACAAACAGCCUCUCAAACCAUGCCAUCAGCCCAUCCCUCAUCAACUGCCCCAGGAGCGCGCGUUUGACGUCAUUCUCCAUCCGGGCGUCAAUGUCAUUGAGGCACAUCUCAUUGCUGCCAUUCCUCGGCAUGAGCGAGUCCCGGGCGGAUUGGAGGUUGAACUGGAGGUGCUUACAGCUAAUGUUAACGUGCUGCGAAGUUGA